UUCAAAACAAAGCCAACAAACACCCAUUUAAACACAUUAUAUUUAAUUAUCUCACUCCUCUCAUAUUAAAGUAAUCACCCAACUUUUAUCUCUCUCUGUUUUAUUCUUCUUCUUGUGAAUGUGUUGUAGAGAAGAAGAAUGGCUUCAAGUGCUUCAAAGUUCAUCAAAUGUGUAACUGUUGGUGAUGGUGCCGUUGGUAAAACCUGUAUGCUCAUCUGCUAUACCAGCAACAAGUUCCCUACUGACUAUGUACCAACGGUUUUUGACAACUUUAGUGCAAACGUUGUAGUUGAAGGAACUACUGUGAACUUAGGGCUAUGGGAUACUGCUGGACAAGAAGACUAUAACAGAUUAAGGCCUUUAAGCUACAGAGGAGCAGAUGUCUUCGUCUUGUCUUUCUCAUUGGUUAGCCGAGCUAGCUACGAGAAUGUUUUUAAAAAGUGGAUCCCUGAACUCCAACACUUUGCUCCAGGAGUUCCAUUAGUUCUUGUCGGUACCAAAUUAGAUCUCCGUGAGGAUAAGCAUUAUCUGGCUGACCAUCCUGGACUAUCCCCUGUAACUACUGCACAGGGAGAGGAGUUGCGUAAGCUCAUUGGUGCAACAUAUUACAUUGAAUGUAGCUCAAAAACUCAACAGAAUGUCAAAGCAGUUUUUGAUUCGGCAAUCAAGGAAGUGAUCAAACCGGUGCUUAAACAGAAGGGCAAGACCAAGAAAAAGAAGAAGCAACAGUCGAAUCACCACGGGUGUUUAUCAAACGUUUUGUGUGGGAGGAUAGUGACCCGGCAUUGAUGAUAAGUUGAUAACCCAAACUCUGUCUGAUGUUUUUGUAUUCCACUUUUGAGUUUGUAUGAUAAAUGAGAGACAUUAUAUAUAUAUAUAUAGAUUGAAUCAUAGUCAAUCAAUAGUUUACAUGGAAGAGAGAGAUAGAGAGCUUUUACUAUUAUUGUCAAACUCAAUUAUGUUUUAUUUGUUUCAACCCUGUCACUGCAAUAUAUAUCAUCAGCCAUUUUGUUGCAA